AACGGCCAUGCAUUCUCUCUCCCCGUACUAAACCAUUUGGUGUGCUUGUCAACUAUUUAUUUAUUCGGCACCCAAUUAUAAAAGAAAUCAAACCAAACACAAAAAUCUUCAUUCAUUCUCUUCUCUUCUUCUCCAUCUUCCCUCUGCAAAUAUAAUGCCUGAGCUGUACACAGUAUCAUCAUCUGUAGUUCCAAUAAUGGAAGAAAAGCCCUCUUGGUUGACCACUGCAGUGAAGAGGGUCUUUGGGUGUACUUACAAGGACCCUAAUAAGACUCCCAAAAAAUGCAGACAAUACAACCACAGUGACGAAGAAGAAGAAAGCAAAGUUUGGGUCGCGGGCAAGCCGAAAGUGGAGAUCAUCAGGCUGAAAACACCGCCGCAGUCUAAUAGAAAGCUGCUCUUCGCUGCCAUUGCCAUUCAAUCUGCUUUCAGAGCCCAUCUGGCGAAGAGGGCUGUGGGGGCGUUGAAGGGGAUAGUGAAGCUGCAGGCGUUGAUAAGGGGGCAGAACGUGCGAAGGCAAGCCCAGAGAACGCUGAAAUGCAUGCACGCUCUGUUCCGUGUGCAGGCCAUGAUGAAGAUGAUGACGACCAGAGUAGACGACCGCCUUCCAUGCCCUCCCCGCAUUUCGCACCACUCUGCCCGCAAAAAACCCAUCUUUGCUGCUGAACCACCUUCAAUUUCCCACACAUCAAUAUGGAAAAUCAGCACCGGAGCUCCGACACAUGGAAGAAACAAUUCUGUGAACACUAUUGAAAUGGACGACUUACAGGCCAACUUUAGAAGAAGACUGCAGGAGUUGAGCCGUCGUCAGAGGCCGGUUUCUCCCGGCGGUUACCAGAAACCGAUGGUAAACUCGGUCUUUCAGGCGCCAGGAACGCAGUCCCCGUUGAAAUCCAGACCGGCGCAGGUGAGCCCGGCGAGUCCGAGAAACAGCUACUCAGCGGCGAACACCCCGUGCCACUGUCCGGCGGGGAAUCUCCCCACCGCUACCCGAUUCAGCGUGUCCGGAACGGGGAGAGAGCCAAAUUACAUGGCGGCCACGGAGUCCGCGAAAGCUAGGGUUCGAUCGCAGAGCGCCCCUAGGCCGAGGCCUUCCACGCCUCAGGCAGAGAUGGAGCGUCGAGGGCCGCCGGCGAAGAAAUGCUUUCAUUACUCCGUGCAAAAUCACCGAGCAGGAUAUGGCGGGAUUGAACAGCACUCCGUACGCUCAGGCAUUAAAGAUAGCGCCGGUGGAGAGAUUUCCCCAGGAUCCACUACCCAAUUAAGAUGCCGGUCUGGACUCCCAAGAUAGUACUCGCUAGUCGUUGUAUUUCCUACAUAAAUUUUUCUCUCUACUCUCAUUAGAAUGUUUGAUUUAAAUUAAUUUAUUUUAUCCAAAAAUUUACUGUGUAAUUAAAAAAUAAAAAAUAUAUUAAAAGACUCACAAAAUUAAAUGUGAUGUGUUUUU